UACUCACAGCUGCGUCUAUCAGCGAUGGCCAAUGGUAAGCCGCAAGAGAUGGCAGCACUAUUAGCGGGGUCCGAGAAAGAAUCAGCGGCAUGGUUGCACGCGUUACCGGCUGCAAGCUUGGGAACGAUGGUGAAUGACGAACAUGUAACUUCAGAUGGCCACCACGGAUUGUCCUGCCUGUAUAGCAAAGGUAGAUGGAGCCAGCAUUUGGAACUGAACAGUAUACUGGAAAGGGGAUGUGUAGCAGCGGGUAUACCUUGCGAGUUGGAACCGAAAGGAAUAUUCAGGGACAACGGGAAGCGUCCAGACGGAUUGACAUUGGUGCCAGUGCGAGACGGAAAGCAGCUUGUAUGGGACGCCACUUUUGCGGACACGCUAGCACAGUCGUACGUUAAACGGUCAGCAAAAGCAGCGGGCGCAGCGGCACACCAAGCAGAAUGUCGGAAGCGAUACAACUAUCGGCAGCUGGGCGAAGAAUACUGGUUUUAUCCUUUUGCCGUGGAAACCCUGGGAGUGCUCGGCGAAGGAGCCAGAGAAAUGGUCAGUUUUCUUGGACGGAAAACGAAGGAGAGGUCCGGGGAAUGCAGAUCCACGGCUUUUUUAAAGCAGCGUAUUAGCCUCGCAAUUAUUAAAGGCAAUGCGGCUGCCGUUUUAGGAACUUUACCGGGCAAGAAUAAACUGAUGGAUAAUACUGAUUUCGGUUGUUUUUUUAAUUCUUAAUUGUGU